GAAGAAUCGAGAUCAUAAUAAAAGUGCUGAACGGACAAAAGAGAGAAAAAAAAAAAAAAAGAGUCUUCUAUAUUCUCGCUCACCUUUAUUGACGCCUUCCCUCUUUUUUUCGAAAAAAAAUCUAAUUCGCCGGAGAUGAGAAAUAACGAACGUCGUUCUCUGGUGGUCGUUGAUGAUGGCGGCGGAGGAGGAAAUUGGCUGAAUAGAGGCGACGGUGUCGGAAGCGGCGGCUGUUAUAGUCAUGAGAGCGAACCUGACUUGGCUGCUAUGGUGAGUGACUUUCUGGAAAGUAGUAGCGCCGGUGCGGAGUCUAGGUAUAGCAGUGAUAAUGAUUCUGGUUACUCCGAUCUCGCUCGUCUUGCUGAUACGAUUUCGCUGUACAAGAACUCAGUGGAUCGGUAUGAAAGUGAUCUAACAAUGGUGGUUCAUUCCCUUAUUCUUUCAAUGACCGAAUCUUUUCAUAUUGGCAAGCCCGAAACAUGCAAUGCAAGCUGCAUCAGAUCUUAUCUAGUGAAGCUCCUCCAGUCUUGUGGUUUUAAUGCAGAUAUGUGUGCAACCAAGUGGCAGGGUUGUGGAAAAAUUCCUGGAGGUGAACACGAGUACAUUGAGGUGAUCUCCCAUGGAAAUGAUGGAUGCUCCGAAAGGUAUAUCAUUGAUCUUGACUUUCGGAGCCACUUUGAAAUUGCAAGAGCUGUCAAAUCCUACAAUGUGGUCUUGAGUUGUCUUCCACCAGUUUAUGUUGGCACAGUAACAAAACUUAAGCUGUAUCUUCAGGCUAUGGUAGAAGCAGCUAAAUGUUCACUCAAACAGAAUUCAAUGCCUCUUCCUCCAUGGCGAUCCCUUGCCUAUCUAGAAGCCAAGUGGGAGUCCAGUCACAGAGUAGCCAAUGUUCAGGUUCAGAGUAGCGUCAGCUCCUCUAAUUCCUCUCAUCGGCAUUGUACUGAGCUGUUGUGGAGGAUAAAAUCCUGUAUUGGAUCUGAAAUCAAAGCUAAAGGAUUCUUGGUACUUAAGAACUGUAGAAAGAGGCAGGGGCUAAAGAUCGAAUCGAGUCAUUCUUCCCCAGUGACUCCAUGAUCUUGCAUUGGAAAAAACACAAUUUUGUUCGACAUCAACUUUUUCAAGGUUUUUGUUUCUCUCUUCAUUUCUACUUCCAUUUUCGACAUUCAACAAAUUACAGAAAGCUUCAACAUGAGGUAAAAUUACUGCGGAUUUAGUUUGUUCUUUUUGUAUCAUAAUAACACUGACUCGG